AUGAAGGACAACAACUUCAACAAGAAAGACUCAGAGCAGGUGAAGGAUAUCUCGAAGCUUGACAAUGACCUAUUCUGCUCGGAACAGUCCGCCCAUCGUGGAGCUCUCCUAGAGGAAGAAGAGCGUCAACUUACGAUUUGGCAAAGCGAUAAGGCUCACAGGGGUGCUCUCUUAAUUUGCUGCAUACCCUUUUGCGGAGCUUCCCUCUACGGCUAUGACUCAAUUGUCAACGGCGCCACUCUAUCCAUGCCAGCUUUUCUUCUCUAUUUUGGGAACAUUGACGCUUCUGGCGCAUACCUCCCAUCCAUAUGGACAUCGCUUUGGAAUGCCAUGUCGCUGCUAUGUCAAGCAGUGGGUGCGUUUUUCAUCGGGUUUAUCACGGAUAGGUUUGGACGAAAGUGGCCCGCCUGCUGCGCCGCCAUGCUUACCAUAGCUGGUACCGCUAUGCAAUUUACUGCCGAAAGUCGAGGUCUUCUGUUGGGUGGCAAAAUGGUCAAUGGAUUUGGUAUCGGGGCAGUGACAGCGGUAUCGGCCACCUAUGCUUCGGAGAUUGCACCUCUGAAAUUGAAGGGCCCUGUCCAGCAGGCAUUGGUACUCUUCUAUGUUUUCAUGAUGGCCCUUGGCCUUGGAAUCAUCAGAGUGUUCGUUCCCGAAAUGUCACCGCACUCUUUCAGAAGUGUCUUUGCCAUUCAAUGGGCCGUUGGUGGCCUCACCAUUAUAGCAUAUGCCCUCGCUCCUGAGUCUCCAAAUUAUCUCAUAGCAAAAGGCCAGCUGCUUAAUGCCCACAAAGUCAUGAGUCUCAUUUAUGGACAAGAUAACUCAAUCGAUGACCGUCUGACAUACUUGAAUAAAGGCCCUGAUCUUCGGAGAACCUUGACAGUCAUGUUUGUGUAUACGGCACAGAACUGGGGCGGUGCAGCUCUUUUGGCCCAAUCCAUUUAUUUUCUGAAUAUCGCAGGUCUUCCAUCAAUUCAUGUUUUUGAUGUCUCAAUUGGAGGAUUUGGUUUGGCGCUCAUUAUCAUCGUCUUGAGCUGGCUAUUCAACGAUAAGGCAAGCUGUCGCAAUGUGCUCCUGGUGGCGUGCAUUUUGAAUUUCCUCAUCAUGCUCGUAAUCGGAGUAUUAUAUUACGUCCCGGGAGAUGGUGGUGUAUGGGGAAUCGCUGUUCUGAUGAACGUUCUGAUAUCUUUCCAAACCAGUCUUUUUCUCGGUAUGGGCUAUCGAAUCGCCGCAGAUGUCGCCAGCUACCGACUUCGAGCUAAGACCCUGUCUGUGGGUGUGGUGUCGCAGGCUUUUAUGGCGUGGCUCACUCAAUUCACUGUACCGUAUAUGUACAACGUAGAUUCAGGAAAUCCUGGUGCCCGGACUGGGUUUGUUUUCGCAGGAUUGAGUAUUUUACUCAUCGCUGGCACAUGGUUCAUCGUCCCCGAAACAGCCAACCUCACGGCUGCCGAGAUUGAUCAAGCAUAUAAGGACAAUCUCCCCAUCAGAAAGUUUCAGGACUACAUUGGUGCUAGACAGCCUAGCGAUGAGCCGUGA